GAUAGUAGGUACUCAGCGUGAAAACGUUGAUGGAAUUCCUCGUCAAAGAAUGUGUAGUGAUUCUGUUUGACCCAUGCACCUACGAUGAUUUGGCAGAUCCUGGGUCUGAGGGUUCCCGUCUCACAAGAUCUGCCAAGUCAAUAAUUGCGAUUCUAUCGCACAUAUGUUGCGCCACCACAAUUCAAUGUUCAAGGCAACGAGCACUCUAGAAGUAGGUAUCGAGAUUGAGGUGAAGCGGGAAGCAUGCUUGCUUGUUCUGAAGACUGACUCAGAGUGGUGACGGAGCGGCAGUGGCGACGUUGGCAGUACUUACUAGCCACCGGGUCAGAGGAGGCUGUGCAGCGCGGACCUUGCCCGACGCGCCACAGAAGCCUCUCCAUUCCGAGUCGCCCUCUCCGCCACAAUUGCAAUAGCUUCUCGCAUACAAGGGCCCACAAGCAGUCAUAUAUUCCCGUCAUUGAACCCGCUACAGAUGUCUCAACUAGUCGGCUCGCUCCAGAAUGCCAUGUCACGCGCCAAGACGGAAGCCAAGGACGCCGCGGCGGCAUUCAAGGCCGACGACCAUGGAGGUCACCACCUCGUUGACCUCACGAUCAAGUUCAUCGGUGCAUCGGGGCUGCCAAAGAUGGACGUCGUGGGAUCCGCGGACCCAUAUUUCGUCGCCAACCUGGACGACAAGUUGUCAUUCGUGUCAACAGUGAAGCCGGACACACUCUCCCCUGUAUGGAACGAGCUGUGGAAGAUCAAGAACGUUCCAAACACUGCUACGCUUACCGUUGAAGUCAACGACAAGGACGUCGGUAACAUCACGGAUGACCACAUCGGCAAGUUCUCUACGUCCGUGUCGCCUGGUGCGAAGGAGUGUACGAUCGAGACUGUCUCGUUCCGCAAGAAUCGGGGCACGUUUUGGUUGAAUAUCGAAUCUACGCCAUCCACCGAUCCAAAGGCGGAGCGCAGGCAAUAUGUCUUCGAUGGUCCCAUCCGCUUCUCCCGCCAUUUCUCUCCGACCGUCGGUCUUCUGACCAACCUCAACGACGCCCGCCUGUACUCGACCUGGAAAAUUUACAUCAAGGGUGUCCGCAUGUUCUUCGGAGACACCGUGCAGCAUUGGAACAGGAACUACAAAGCCGCACAAACCAUCUUCCAGGGUCCUGCGUCCAUCGCGGUGCGUUCCACCAUCCAGGCGGGCCACCGCAUGCUCUACGCGCGCUCGACCGCGAACGCCUUUGGUGUAAUCGACGGCCCAGAGGACAUCUUCCGCCUACUCCUCCAUGGCAGCGUCGGAAACCCCAUCGGGAUAGGCAACAACAGCUCAGUGCCUUCCGGGAGUGCCGGCCACUCGGGCGGUCUGCUCUCUGGCCUCGCUCCGCUCCCGCUCCCAAACAUCAACGCGAGCAGCCCAACCCCGUUCGCGCACCGCGUCAAGCCCGCAGUGUACACGUACGUCAUCGCGGUCGAGGACGACUCGUUCCGUUUUUCCGAGACGGGCGCCGCGUUCUUCGUCGACUUCGCGUCCAAGCACGCGCUCCACGCGAAUUGCGCGCAGGCCGUGCGCUACUCGGGCGAGUUCCAUCCGCGCCCCGCCGGCGGCUGGGAGAACUUCAGCGACGACACGCCAGACGACGCGGUCCAGUGGGAGCUCGUCAUCGACAACAACAGCGGUACGUACAGCCCCGACCCGCUCAUGCUGCCAGACUUGAAGGAGCUGCUCGAGUACAACUUUCCGGGCUUCACCAUCUACGCGUGGGAUCGCGAGGACCCGCGGCUCGUGCACAGCCGGGAGGCGUGCAGGGCGUACGCGUUGGACAAACGUGGAGUGAGACAGGAUGAACUGCAGCCGCACGCAGUACCCGGACAGCAGACGCUCUCGCAGUCCGCGCGGACGCAGAGUGGACCGGAUGCAUCGGAGCAGCCCCACGGUGCUGCGGGCACGACUUUGGGCGAGGCGAUCGAAGCUUGAGAAGGAAUGGUGGUAUGAGUAUGGGGAUAUCUAUAGACAUCUCGAGGAGUUUGGACUUUGCCCUUGCUGAUUCGUCACAGAUAUUUCGAUGGUGAAGUGAAGUUAUUCGUCUACCUAUGUACCAAGUCACGUACGAGCGACCGUUGUGUACCGAGUAAUAUACCCGCUUGAUGUUGCUCUCUCGCGCAGGAGCAUGCUCAUGUUUGUACAUGCGAUUGGAAAAUGAUUAGGUAAACGAUACCGAGGCCACGGGCACACGGGCGGAAACAAGUCCAGUCUGCAUUUGCAGCACGAGAGAACAUACGGAACGUGGAUGGGUUAGAUGAAAGCAGGGGUAUGCAGAAAUGACGACUAUGACAACACGUAAUAGCUACAGAAGGGGUGAUCGCAUGGAGGAUGUUAGUAUAGUACAAUCUGUUGCCUUCCAGCCAUUUUGCACGCGACAAACUGACAAAGGGCAGUCACAUCUCCAUGUCAUCAUCCUCAUCCUCUUCCGAACCCGUAGAAGUAGUAGAGAGCAGCAGAUCAUCGGCAGAUAUGGAAUGACGCAGAGACGUCGGUCUCCGCAAGGGCGAUUCAAGACCGGUGGCUUUGUUCUCCAGCGGGCGACUCCUGUCGCGCCGCCGCAAGACCAUGUGCGCCACUAGGUGCGCGAUGGUCUUCGUCCAGCCCUUACCGCCUCCCACGACAAGGGGCGGGAGCCCCUCCAUCGGCGACAUCGGCGAAUGCAUCUUGAAGUCGAGCAGGGCUCCGAUUUCCUUCGACCGCUGCUUCUGCAGCUUCCGCGUCCGACGAGCCUCUGCGCGCAUGUCCAUCAGCGAAUGCAACUCGCGCUUGCGAAUGCGCUUCUCCGCAGGGUCUAAGAUGUCGGAGUCCAUUUGCAUCGCAUCGGGGUCUCCUUGGACGUGAGACGGGGGUAGAAGUGCGCUCGCGGUGGCAGUAAUCCGCUCGCCGAGCUCCGCCUCGGCCAUGCGUGCCGCACGUUCCUGGGCAAGAGCGUUCUUGCGGAGCGCCCGGAGCGCGAGGAACUCGUCGAUCUCGACGUUCGCGCUCUCGGGGUCCAGCUGAAUAUCGAGGAAGCCAAAGUCGUCUUCAUCGGGUGACGGCGAGCGCGCGAGAGGCGGGUCCGACUGCAGAAAGAGUCCGAGACCCGCUUGAGGUUCCGGGGCGCCACCAAGAAGCGAGGGCGCGAUCGUGUCCAUCGGAGGGCCUGCCGGCUCCGGGAACAUGGACAGGUCCUCGCCUUCGAGCUCCGGGAGCAAAGAAUGAGGGGAAUGCGGGGAUCCUGGGGGCUCUGAGGCGUCAUACAUGUCGAGAUCUGCUAGAGGGAGGAGAUUACUAUGUGGCGAUCGCGGUACGGGCGUGAGGUGGAUGUCCCCAUGGGGGAGCGUGGGGUCGUAAAGGUCGUUCAGAGGUUGUCGUCGCGGAGACGGUGGCGGCAGUUCUGCAAUAUCAUCAUCCUCCGAAGGCAUAAUGGUGUCGGAAAACUCCGAGUCAACGUCGGUGGACUGGGGAUGGAGUAGGGAGGAGUGGGGGUAGUGAAUGAAAGGAUCGUGUUCCUCCGCAAGAGGCGUUGGCUCGUUCGAGAGCAAUGGCUCACCAAACGGUUGAAUAGAAGACUUCCCUUGGAACCAAUAGGGGGUGUGCUGGCCAAAGGAUAGCUCGACGGGAGAAAGCGGAGAGGGUUGCUGCAAGGGCAUCGUAUGAAAGCCAAGCGAAGAAUCAAGCUCGUCGAGCUCAAGAGAAAGCCCACCGGGCUUCGGAGAGGAUGGUGGAGAAGUAACGUCUAUCAACGUGUUGCUUGGACUCCAGUCCAUGACGGGGCUAGGCAUCCAGCUCUCCGCAUUGCUCUCCAUACCCGAAGGGCUGACCGAGGAGACGAAGGUAUCGGAAUAACCGCUACUUUGACUGUCAACGGGGAAGUUGGGCAGAGCACCAUGCAGAGACGGCAGGUCGACAGUCUGCAAGCCCUCCUCCAUGCUCAGCGGCGAAUGAGGAAUCCAUACCGAGGUCGGCUCAAUCAACGCGUCAGCACCUUGAGAGCCGUCAAGCGUCCGGUCAUCCUCGCAACCUCCCUGCGACCCAAACUCUUCGAACCCAGAAUCAUCACGUACCGGCGGGAACAGUGGCGCAGUCGCACCGCCGUCCUGCAGAUCCUCGCCGUACCUCCAGCUCUCUAUCUGAUGCCCCUCAUCCUCGGACUGACUUCCCUGCGGUAGCUCCGAUGUGCCGACGAGCACUGUUGGUGGAGGAGAUAACGGCGCGAUGUGUCGGGCGCCAUCGUGUGACAUGUUCUCAUCGACACCUUCUUCUCGACAAUUUGGGCAAUCUUGCUUGUGAAAGGUUUCGCCAGAUACGUCGGGAAGCGGGAUAGUCGAUGCGAGUGCCGCGUCGGUGAGCGGGGGAGACGGGUAAACGGGUUGGGGUUGGCGAUGUUGAUCGGAAGGCGGCGUGGAUUUCGCUCGUGAAUCCGGUGGCACGGGAGUAUCGAGGGGAGUGAACGCGGUAUGUGACGCUUGAGCAAAAGGACAUUGAUGUGGCGAGAUUCGCCACGAUCGCGAGGUUAUGUCGAUGGGGGUUGGUGGGAAGGGGGGAGGACGCAAGCUUGAACAAACUUGAUCCUUCGAGGGAGAAAGGCGUGCCCCGCACGUAUUCAUGGUCAUGGCGUUGUAUGUGGCCGUCGGAUGGUUGUGUUCAGCAACUACAAUGCCAUGAUGUGCGCAAAAACCAACGAGGACGAGCUGCAAACAAGACG